AUGGGUGACCUCCGGGAAAGGACCCUGGAGUUUCUCCAGGGGCUCCGGCCAUCCUUUGCUUCCAGGCAUCCCCAUUUUAACUUCAUCACCGUACAUUAUUUUUGGAUUAUUGGCAUGUCCAUUCUAGCCUCCGUCAUGUUGUACGGAGCCGCCAACGGCCAGCUUGCCUAUAUCGACGCUCUGUUCUUUGCCAGCGGCGCAAACACGCAAGCCGGCCUCAACACCAUCGACGUCAACCUCCUCAACACCUUCCAGCAGGUCGUGCUUUACCUGUUCGCCAUGAUCUCUUCGCCGAUCACCAUCCACUCGUCUGUGGUCUUUCUUCGCCUUUACUGGUUCGAGAAGCGUUUCCAGCACGUCGUUAAGGAGGCGAGGUCCCGGCGUGGCACACUGUCCAAGUCCAAGGCGAAGAUAGAGCGCAGUGCUGCCGAUGUCGAGACUGGCGUCAACGGCAGGUCUAUUCGAGUCAUGCACAACACCGCCACGGCCUCGGGCAUGGCCAAUGACGGGUCGGUCGCUCUGCGCGAGUACAUGGCCGGGGCACAAGGGGCCAAGGACUCGUCAGCCAGUGGUUCGGAUUCGGCCGAGCACGAGAACAUCGAGCACAGCAAUGACAGCAACCAGCAGGACUUGCGCCCGUCCUCUCCAACGAUCAAAUUCGCAGAUAGAGUCAAGCGGAGCGAUCGGCUGAGCGAGAAGGACGAGGACGAGGACCACCCGGUGGCUUUGCCCACAAGGCACACCAAUGCCGAGCACAUUGCUGUCCUUGAGAGGCAACGCAAGCUCGACUCGAGCGUUCUCCGCAUUCCGGGUCCUCGAGACGUCGAGAGAGGCGUGAAGCCCGAGGAACUGAUGCACGGCGACAAUGACGAGACCGGAAGGGCGAAUUACCUCACAAAGGAGCGCACCCGCGACACGGCCGAGCAACCUCGGCUGAUGUCUUCAGGCGCUGACCGUCACCAGACCAUCACAAUCACGGAGCCGGUUCGCCCCUCGAGGCACGAGCAGAAGGCAGAGGAAAUGGCCGAGAACUUCGAAGCUGCCGCCCAUGCUCUGUCUCCGCUCAAGUACCGGAGGAGCAGAGGCCGUCCGGGUUCCGAGUCCCUCCAGCCGGUGACAUCGCAGACAUCGUCAGCGGCUACACGCAACCCGCUCCAUCGAAUCCGCACCGCGCUGACAUUCGGCAAGGACGACGACCCCAUGCCCUAUCUUAGCUGGCAGCCCACUAUUGGACGCAACUCUGCCUUCGUUGGCCUGUCUGAAGAGCAGAGAGAAGAGCUCGGCGGUAUUGAGUAUCGUUCGCUCAAGACUCUGGCUGUUCUGUUGCUUAUCUACUUCUGGGGCUUCACCAUCUUCUCCAUGAUCACCUUGGUGCCAUGGAUUGUCAACGACAACGAGACGUGGGGUCCCGUCGUCGAUGCUGCCGGCCAGAGCCGGACGUGGUGGGGAUUCUUCACUGCUGGCUCGGCACUCAUGGAUCUUGGAUUCACGUUGACGCCGGACAGCAUGAUCUCGUUCAACACGGCCACGUUCCCUUUGCUCAUCAUGUCCUUCCUCAUCAUUGCCGGCAACACUGGCUUCCCGAUUCUGCUGCGUUUCAUGAUCUGGCUCAUGUCACUGGUGGUUCCUCGUGGGACGGGCUUAUGGGAGGAGCUGAAGUUCUUGCUCGAUCACCCACGGCGAUGCUUCACGAUGCUGUUCCCUUCCAACGCCACCUGGUGGCUCUUCUUCAUCCUCGUCGUUCUUAACGGACUGGACCUGAUAUUGUUUAUCGUCCUUGAUCUCAAUUCCGAGGCCGUUGAGGGGCUUCCUUUGAACAUCCGGUUCCUUGACGGAUGGUUCCAAGCUGCGUCGACAAGAACGGCUGGGUUCGCCGUGAUCAAUCUGGCCAACCUGCACCCUGCUGUGCAGACAUCGUACCUCAUCAUGAUGUACAUCUCGGUUCUGCCCAUUGCCAUCUCCAUCCGCAGGACCAACGUGUACGAGGAGAAGUCGCUGGGCGUGUACCAAGCACCCGAGGACGUGGACGACAGCAACAACUCGUUCUCGUACGUCGGUGCUCACUUGCGGCGGCAGCUGUCGUUCGACUUGUGGUAUUUGUUUAUCGGAUACUUUAUUCUGACCAUCAGCGAGGGCGACAAGCUGGCCUCGAACGACAUGUCCAUGUUUGGGGUGCUCUUCGAGGUUGUCAGUGCAUACGGAACGGUCGGGCUGAGUCUGGGUUAUCCGAACGUCAACGCGUCGCUGAGCUCCCAGUUUUCGGUGGUCGGCAAGCUCGUCAUUAUUGCCAUGCAGAUCCGUGGCCGCCACCGUGGCUUGCCCUAUGGACUCGAUCGCGCCGUCCUGCUGCCUAGCGAGCACCUCGACCGUAAGGAGGCGGAGGAUGCCGAGUUUCGGUUGCAACGGCGUAAUUCGGUCAUGUCAACAGCCACCGGCAGACCCACGAGCCUGGCGCGUGGCCGUAGCCGCAGCGUCGACCGGAGGCGGGUGUUCCAGAAUCUGUUGCAUCCCGGGCCGGCGUAUCCGUUUUCGACGAGCAUCGACCAUGAACUGCCAUCGUCUUCUGUGUUCGGUAGGGGCGAGCCUCUGCGGCGGUACACGUCGGCUCCUGAUGAUGGUAAUGUGUCUCCCGGACCAAUGAUCGGCAGGCAGCAGAGGGCACGCACGACGCCGGACUUUGCCGCAUGA